AUGAUUUAAGAAAAAUCAAUUACUAGUAAACAUUUUACAGCAAAGGUUUAACACCUGUUUUUUCCGAAUGAAGACAAUUUCACAAAGUUCUGUAGGAGACUAAAGAAAUGUAAAUCAACAUUUUUGGGCUGCAUAUAUUAAUUGACUCAUCAGACAAUUAUUGACAUCUUAAUUACAUUAGCAACAUAAGGAUGUAGAGUUGACAUAAUUAUGGAUUAAAACUCAGAGGAGUAGGACGAAAGAAAAAAGAUAACCAUAAAUAAAUUAAUAGUGAUGAGUGGAUUCAAAGUGAAUGUUUCAUUGAUUGAAUCGAAAGGUCUAAUGCAUACCAAAUAUUGCGUUAUUGACAAUAAAAUAACAAUACUAGGUAGUGCUAAUUGGACAUUUCAAGCAUUCUCGAAUAACUUUGAGCAUAUAACAAUAAUCAAAGAUUCUAAUACAGCAUAAUAAUUUACAGAACAAUUCAAAUUUAUCUGGGAUUAAGCAAAAUAAGCCAAAUUCAUUGAGUCUUAGGUUGUAUAUCAACCCAAUAAAAAUUACGUUGAAUUUGAUUCAAAAAAGAGUAGUUUGCCAAGAUUGAGGAUAUCAAAAAGAUAAUUUAAAAUGAAGUUUCGAAAAUAUAAACCGAACCAUCAACAACAAUAAAAGAAAAAACAAUAGAAAAAGAAGAAAAAAAUACCUCAAUUUUAAAAGACACAAGUGGAUUAAAAUUAGCAUUAACCCGAAAUGGAAUGGAUGGAUGAAUAACAAAAAACGUAAACUUUUAUAUAACACGAGAUGAAAGAGUUUUUUGAGAAUCUUAAAUUAAAUGAAGAGAAGAAAUAACCGAAUAAUGACCAAAAUAAUGCAAGCAAAAAAUUUAAAAUUAAUUUCAUUAAGCAGGAUAUUAAUCCUUGGCAAAUUUAAUCCUAAUUAGUUAAUCCAAACAUUAUUUAAAAUCCAAUACAACGUAAUGAACCGUAGAGCAAAGAUCAAAAUAUUAUUAUUAUAGAUGAAGAGGAUGAUGGAGAUGUUCAAAUAAUAACCAAUUUCUCUAAGGAUUUCCAAUGA